UGUACGAGUUUUCACCCUGUACCUGCAACAAAGUUCAGCGGUCAUUAUGUAACCAGCGUCCUCGGGAUUUACUUGCACUUCUGUAAUACAGAGGUUUUGUUCAGGCGAUCUGCUGAAGUUUCCAUGUAAUCUAGUUCAGUUCAGUAGUACAGUUUAUGCUGAAUAACUCCUGCGUUAUCUUCAAACGGACUGCCCUUAGUGCUGGUUGGUGAAGAUGCAUCACAUCACCUGGACAGCCUUGCUGCUGUCAGUCACUCUGUCUGUAAGUUCUGGAGGUAACGUGCUGGUGUUCCCGUUAGAUGGCAGCCACUGGGUGAACAUGAAGGUCCUCGUUGAGGAGCUGCACUCCCGAGGCCACAGCAUUACUGUAGUGCGAGCCUCAGACAGCUGGUACAUUAAAGAGGAGUCUCCCCAUUACAGUGCCAUCACCAUCCCUACUGCUGGAACCUUUCUUCAGGAGUUCUUUGGCACCUUUGCCAAAAGUAUGCUGAAUAUACGGAAAGAACAAAAGUUCUCCUGGCCUCACUUGAUGCUUCAGUUUGAAGUAAUUAACAUGUUCUCAGAGAUGCAUCGGCAAAUGUGUGAGAUGAUGGCAAUGAUGUUUCAAGACAAGGUCCUCAUGAAAUCUCUCACAGAUGCCAAGUUUGACGUCGUCCUAACCGAUCCAGCAGUUGGUGGUGGAGUGCUCUUAGCUCGACGUCUCAGUCUUCCAUUGGUGUUAAACGUGAGGUGGACUGUCCAUGGAGAGGCCCACUAUGCCAUCGCUCCCUCCCCUCUCUCCUAUGUCCCCUACCCAGGAGCUGAGCUGACAGACAAGAUGACUUUCUCUCAGAGGGUCCAGAACAUGCUGACAUAUGCCUUUAGUUUAUUUCAGAUGCAAAUGAUUGUUGCUCCCCACUACACAGCUUUCUGCAAACGUUUCUUUGGUCCUGAGGUUGACUACUUCUCCUUGUUCCAGGAUGCUGAUAUCUGGCUCAUGAGGAACGACUUCACCUUUGAGUUUCCACGCCCAACCAUGCCCAAUGUGGUCUAUAUGAGUGGGUUCCACUGCAAGCCUACUAGAACACUUCCUGUUGACCUGGAAGAGUUUGUCCAAAGUUCAGGGGAGCAUGGGGUCAUCAUCAUGUCCCUGGGAACUCUGUUUGCAGAGCUCCCUAGUGAUAUCUCUGAGGAGAUUGCGGCGGCUUUUGCUCAGCUUCCGCAAAAGGUCAUCUGGAGACAUAAAGGGGCCAAGCCCUCGAGUCUUGGCAACAACACCUUACUGGUGGACUGGAUACCCCAAAAUGACCUGCUGGGACACCCAAAGACUAAAGUCUUUGUAGCCCAUGGGGGCACCAAUGGUGUCCAAGAGGCAAUCUACCAUGGCAUCCCCAUAGUUGGUCUUCCCAUAGUGUUCGAUCAGCCUGAUAAUCUGUCCAGAAUGGUGGCAAGAGGAACCGCUAAGGUAUUGGACAUUGCCACUCUGGACAGAGCAGUGUUUGUGGAGGCGUUAAGGGCAGUGCUGUAUGAGCCGUCCUACACGGAGAACAUGCAGAGGCUCUCCAGGAUCCACCAUGACCAGCCCAUGAAGCCUCUGGACCGCGCCAUUUUCUGGAUAGAGUUCGUCAUGAGGCAUGGAGGCGCCCCUCAUCUGCGCACACAGUCCUUCAGGAUGUCCUGGAUGGCUUAUCAUUCUAUAGAUGUCAUACUGACUCUGCUGAUGGCUUUGCUGCUCUUAGUGAUAAUUAUGUUCCUGGCUAUCAAAAAAUGCUUUUCAGUUUUAUUCAAAAAGAAAGUCAAAUCUGAUUAAUAUGAUUGUCUUUCACAUCGUGAAGUUAGAAGUCAAAGUUAUUAAAAAAUGUUCAAAGUCAUUCAGAAGUUCAGUGAAAAGUAUUUUUUUCUGGCCAUAAUGUCACAAUAGUACUUAUGGAGUAAAUACUUUUUAUCUUAACCUACAAAAUGGUAACAAUGAAUAUUGUCUGCAUUUGGUUUUUGUUGUCUGUAAAGCACUGGGAUUGAUUAGUCCCUCUGACAGUAGGAAUCUACUAAACCACAUCUAUUUGAUAGGCAGUGUUGUGCAUGAACGCGUUCAAAAGAACGCGUUCAUUGAACACGUUCAUUUUUAUGAGAACGAUGAACUGA